UCCAAACCCGGACCGACCAGCCAGAAGUACGUCCGAGAGACAGUCGUGAACGUAGAUGCGUUAAGCGCGAAUGCCCCCACGUUCGUGUGUUGCUCGAGAGAACUAAUACGAAGUUUAAGGAAAAGAUAGAUUACAUCGCGGUGUGCUGUGUGCGUUGUGUUAAAUACGUGGACUACUUGAUUUUGAUUAGUUCUUUUUAUUCAAUAACGCAAGGAAAAGAAAAGUUUUUGACGGUUUAAACAAAAAGUAAAACAAAAUUUAUGGAAUAAUCAAAUCAGCUUUGAAUUUAUUUGAGUUUUUGUGCGUAAUUACGAGGGUUGACUAAGAACACCGUUCACGGUGGCUACCGUACAUUUAAAUCCACCAGAGGUCCCCAAUCAGCAGGCGAUUGUUGCGCCGCCAUGCGUUGACCUCAGAUUAUAUCAACAAUUACGGACUAUGUCUUCUAAGAGGAAGUCACCACCGACCAAACUCCAGGAAGGUAGCAAUCCGAACGUGGACGAGGGCGCACCUCACCCUCCAACCAUCGUAGGUGGUGGAGGAGGCAGUGACGGGGGUUGUCUCACCGACCAAGACGAAACCAGCAGUAAUAAUUUGAGUGAUAUUGGUGAAGACGACCCAACAACGAUGCUCACGAACCCGCCCAGUUUCUAUAAACUUUCGGAAUCUUCAUCUGGGUCGGUUUCUGGGAGUGAGGUGGAUGAUGGUCUCGAAGAUGAAAAUAGAUCACCUCCGAGUAAACGUCCAAGGGUUCUUUGUAAUGAUCCAAUGGUAACCGUUUUGGGACAAGAUUCACUGGCAGCUCUUAAUGCUAAAGUUCGCCAGGAAGCCGAAAAGAGACGAGAUAGUUCGGAGAGGAGCUCCCCUAUAACGGACAUCAAGACUGGAUUAGCUCAUAAUAAUAAUAAUAAUAAUUUACCGAAUCACAAUCCCGUUAAAAGAUCGAUGGAUGAUGUACUUAAAAGACUCACUUCGAAAAUGAAUAAUAGUACAUUGAAGGAAGAAAAAAGGCCUACACCUUCAACUACACCUAACUCAAGUCAUAAUUCUGAUAUCGAAGGAGCGGCAGCCAUUCAACAAGUUCUUUCGGGUGAUAACUUCAUGGAAAAAGAACGUCGACUGUCUGAGAUGAUCAUGCAACUUCAAAUGGUAAGGGAACAGCUUUUAAACCAAAAACAGCAACAACAGCAACAACAACAACACCAAAUCCUUCAAGAUCAUCACCAACAACCACCACAACAGCAUAAGACUCAAUUAACACCACCACCACCCGUUUUAAAUGAAACCCAUCAUCAACAGCAUCAACAACAACAACAACAACAACAUCAACACCAACAAGAACAAGAAUUACAACGUCGCCAUCAAGAACAAAUUCUCCAGCAGCAACAAAAACUCCAAGAACUCCAAGGGCAAUUAACAGCUCAAUAUGGAGUGAUGGGAACUCCAAAUUUUAUGCUCCUACCAAUUUUGGGUCAUAUAAGGGAAUUACAACAGAAUGCAGGGCUUCCUAAUACGGUUCCAAAAUCACCCCUUCAAAAUCAUCUUCUUCCACCACCACAACUCAGUAAUUGGUUAACAUCCCCCCAUAUGCCACAAAUGUUAGAAAAGCACUCCCCAACCCGCGAAAGAUCUCCAACACCACCACCUCCUUCAGACCCGGACGCCCCAUUGAACCUGACGACGAAACCGAAAUCUUCCGGUUCGGAAUCGGCGGGUUCAAGUCCGCACAAUCUUCCGAUCGGGUUGGGUCAACAAAGUCAAAAUGAGCAGCCCGUAGCCGCUACUGUACCUAAGUUGUUGCCGCCGAUGAUGAUGCCGAGACCUUUCUUGCCGUUUCCCGGGGGUUUACCGCCACAGUUCAGUCCAUUACCGCCUAGUGAUCGAUUGAAAACUAAAGAUGGUAUGGAAGGUAAACAACCACCACAAUUUCCGCAAUUAAUGUAUCCGAUGCAUCCAACUCCACCGCAUCAAGGUGGUGUAAAAAGGGAGGAAAGUAUUAAGGAUGAAUCUGAUUUCUUUUAUCAUAAUGUAUGGUCAGCAACAGAUUAUAAACUUCCCGAUGACAGUCAAGAUAAAGCCAAAAUAAUAAGACAACCACCAAAGCGCGAUACAGAAAAUAAACCCCAUAUAAAAAGACCAAUGAACGCCUUUAUGGUAUGGGCAAAAGACGAGAGGCGAAAAAUAUUAAAGGCGUGUCCUGAUAUGCACAAUUCAAAUAUUUCAAAGAUAUUAGGUGCUCGUUGGAAGGCGAUGUCAAAUGCAGAAAAGCAACCCUAUUACGAAGAACAAUCAAGAUUAUCGAAACUCCAUAUGGAAAAGCAUCCAGAUUACCGUUACAGACCCAGACCGAAACGUACCUGUAUAGUUGAUGGGAAAAAGAUGAGGAUUUCCGAAUACAAGAUGUUAAUGAGACAAAGAAGGCAAGAAAUGCGACAAUUGUGGUGUAGGGACGGUCCAAGUGAUAUGAAUUUCUUGUCUUCUAGCUCGGACAUGACGUCACCGACGACGUCUUCAACGGGGAGACCAACAGUUUCACCGACGAUGGGGAUUUUGAACGGCGCCGGACCUAGUUCGGAAGGAUAUUACUAUCCACAGGAUAAUGUUUCACCGGAAUCGUUAGGUUUUAAUCAAGAACAAUCGUCCACGUAUGAUUCUAGUCCAAGAAGAGAGGAUGACUGAGCAUGGGCUACCAGGGAUAAUAAUUUCCCCUGGUAUUAAAAAUAGUGAUUUUUUCGAUUUUCGAAAAUUAACAAAAAAAUUUAUAAAUAAAUAAAACAGAUCCGGAAUCGGCUGUUUUAUUUAUUUUUUUAAAUAACGAGAAGACGAGUAUUUAUUUAUUUAUACCUCAUGUUCGGGAAUCGGGAAGGAAAAAUGAUAGAAAUGCUUUUUUCACGAUUGAUGAUGAGUUAUUAAUAAUUAUUAAAUAAUUAUUAAUAAAUAGGGUGAAGAGAAGAAAUAAUUUUGUUGUGCCAUUUUUAU